AUGACUACCGAGGCUUUCGUUUCUCGUUCUCACGUUCUCCAUCGGUCCUUCUCCGAGCGACCUGCCAAGAUUGUCGCUGGUGAUGGCAUCAACCUCAUAUUGGAAAACGGCAAAAAAGUCAUCGACGCAAGCUGCGGUCCUUCCGUUUCGUGUCUUGGUCACUCGCAACCUGAGAUCACGGAUGCCAUCGCGAAUCAUCUCAAGAAUGAUAUUGCCUACGUCUACUCAGGCUCUCCGUUUACGAACGGUGCAACCGAGGAACUAGCUGAUAUUUUGCUAUCAAACAAGCCCGGUGGCUUGUCAAAGGCUAUUUUUGUCAACUCUGGCAGUGAAGCGACCGAUACAGCGCUCAAGCUAGCCGUACAGUACUGGCAUGAGCAAGGACAACCUCAACGGACACACUUUAUUGCGCGAAAGCAAAGCUAUCAUGGCAAUACCAUCGGUGCACUCUGUGUCUCCGGCCAUGAGUCUCGCAGGGAGCUCUACAAAGACUUCAUGUCAUUCAAUGUGUCUUUUUUGGAUCCCUGCUACGCGUAUCGGAUGAAGCGUGAGAACGAGUCAGACGAGGAGUUUGCUCAACGGCUUGCUCGUCAAUUCGAGGAUGAGGUCCUGAGAUUAUGCCCUGAUCGUGUCGCUGGGUUUAUCGCUGAAACUGUCAGCGGUACCACGCUCGGCUGCCUGCCCGCCGUGGUUGGGUAUUUCAAAGCAAUCAGGGAUAUAUGCGAUAAAUACGGCAUUUUAUUGAUUUUGGAUGAGAUUAUUUGCGGUAUGGGCAAGACAGGUACUAUGCACGCAUGGGAGCAGGAGGGUAUUCGUGGACCCGAUAUUCAGACCAUUGGCAAAGCCCUUGGGGCAGGUUUCGUGCCUCUUUCUGGUGUAUUGCUUCACCAGAAGAUUUUUGACACGUUGUCUGCUGGCUCCGGCAGAUUGGCUCACGGCCAUACUUUCCAGGCUCACCCUCUUGCUUGUGCUGCUGCGAUUGCAGCUCAAAAGAUUAUUAAGCGUGACAAUCUAAUCAAUCGAACGGCGCAUAUGGGACAGAGACUUAAAGUACUGCUGCUAAAGGAAAUCGGCCCUCUUCCGCUAGUUGGCGAUAUUCGUGGCCGAGGAUUAUUCUGGGCCGUGGAAUUCGUCCUCGACAAGGAUCUAAAGACAGCAUUCUCACCGGAGAUCAACUUCUGUACCCAGGUUGUGAAACAUAGUCUGGAUAUGGGGUUAAACAUUCUUGGGAACCUUGGUCAUACUGGUGAAUACCAGGUUGACCAUGUCCUUGUUUGCCCGCCCUACACCGUAACGGACAGCGAGCUUGAGGAAAUUGUCUCUCUUCUCAGGGCUGCAAUUGUGAAGACAAGCCAACCCUUUGUCAAGACUAAGCAUAUAAACGGAAUAGGCAAGGUACAAAGUGAUGUGACGAUAGAUGAGAUUAAAAUCGUUGGUUGA